CAACAAAAUAAACUAAGAAUAGUAUACACCAAAAUCCCUUUCAUGACCCACCAAGAUUGUUGUCUCACUGUAUCCUUAAACAUUAUCCUAACUAGCCAAUUGUUUGGCCCAAACUUCACAUGAUUCUCAAGCAAGAAAGCCAAUAUUAUUUAUUAACCAUACAUGUUAUGAAGAAGCAAAACAAUAUCACCCCAAGAAACCAUAGCAUAACCAUGGAAAAACCACAAACAACCUCAAACAAUAAUGCUCACAUUCUUGCAAUCCCAUUCCCCUUACAAGGCCACAUAAACCCCAUGCUCCAAUUUUGCAACCGCCUGUCGUCUAAAGGAGUUCGCGUCACGUUCGUCACCACAGUGUCCGUUAGCAAAACCCUCCAAACGAAACCCGGAGAAUAUCGAAAUGUCGAAACCGUGCCCGAUUCCACAGCCGUCGAAGCCGAAGGCUUAGACGUGUACGAAAUCUAUAUCCGAAACUUUCGAGCCGCCAUCUCAAGUGGCCUUCCGGACAUCAUCGACAAAUAUCGCGACUCGGGUUUUCCCGUGAACGCAAUCGUCUACGAUUCGGUUAUUCCGUGGGUUCUCGACGUUGCCCACGAGAAAGGAGUGAAAGGGGCGGUCCUUUUAACGCAAUCUUGUACUGUUUUUGCGGUUUUCCACCACGUGCACGAGGGCAAUUUGGUCAUUUCACCGGAUGGAGGCUCCGGUGAUGUGUCGCUGCCCGGGAUGCCGGUUAUGGGGGUUCGGGAUCUGCCGUCACUUGCUUACGAUAAGGACUCUUAUCCAACUCUCGCGAGGCUUGUGGUGGAGCAGUUCUCGACGUUUGGAAAGGCCGACUGGCGAUUGUUCAACACGUUUGACAAGCUUGAGAACGAGAUUCUAAAAUGGAUGGCGACCAUAUACCCGAUCCAUACAAUCGGUCCAACUGUUCCUUCCAUGUACGCAGACAAGAGAGUCCAAGGAAACUAUGACUACGGGCUCAGCCUCUUCAAGCCCAAAACCGAAUCUUGGUCCGAAUGGAUCGAUAAAAAAGAAGCUCAGUCCAUAAUCUAUGUCUCGUUCGGAAGCCUAGCCGAUUUAUCCGAGACACAAAUGGAGGAAAUAGCCCGAGGACUAAUCCUUACCAAAUGCAGCUUUAUAUGGGUAGUUAGAGAGACCGAGCAACACAAGCUCCCUCAGGACAUCAUCUCCUCACCCGAGCUAAGUGAAAAUUGCCUAAUUGUGAAUUGGUGCUCUCAACUAGAGAUUUUAUCUCAUCCAUCCGUUGGGUGUUUUGUCACGCAUGGCGGUUGGAACUCGACCUUAGAGGCAUUGACUUUGGGAGUGCCUAUGGUGGUCGUGCCACAAUGGACCGACCAAACAACGAAUGCUAAAUUCGUAAGGGAUGUUUGGCGGGUUGGAGUUUGUUGCGUGAAAAAUGGGGAUGGGAUUGUUUCGAGAGAGCAAGUUAGGGAUUGCGUGAAUGAGGUGAUGAAAGGCGAGAGAGGGAUCGAGAUUAGAGGAAAUGUUCGGAAAUGGAAGGAUUUGGCGGUAGAGGCCGUUAGUGAAGGAGGAAGCUCGGAUAAGAACAUUGGCGAAAUUGUGAUGGGACUUGUGUAAGUGAUCGAUUUCAAAAUCUCCAAGAUUUAGUUUUCUAUCAUAAUAAACUUGAAACAUUUAUGGGUUUUAUUGUAUGAUCAUCUGCAUAUCAUUUUAGGACUCGUUUACUUAAAAUGAUGGGAAAUGACAGUUUAAUCCUAUCAACUUUACACGUCAGCUUGU